UAGUGGAUAACUUCCUCUCAAGUUUUAAAAUGAUUUCCAGAUACAGCUGAUGCGGCUUGUGAAAGGUAUGCAAGUCACAUCAUGAAGUAAGUCUUUUUGCUUAAAUCGCUUGACGAGCUCUUCAUACAAACAAACUUGGCAUGGCUGACGAAGACGAAAGCGCCGAAAAGUUCGAAAAUCCACAAGGAGCUGAGGAAUUAGUGAGAAGCUUGCUUGAACAGGUGAAUACCAUUAGAGAAAAGGUAAAAAAGAAGAGAGAACACCUGGAGGAGGUUUCAGAAAAAUAUCACAAUGAAGCGAGGCAUCUUCAGGGAAUUCUAUCAAAACUUUAUGAGCUGAGGGGAUCGUUCAGUGAAGGAGAAAGAAUUCAAGCUGAGUUUGAAGAAUUUUGUGAAUCGCUUACCUUAAGAUGUCAAGACCUUACCGUGAAGCUGGAGAAGCUGGAUGCCAUUUUAGACGAUGUCCGCACUGAGGAAGAAAAGAUACCCAGGUUCACUGAGCAGGCCCUCAACAUAGAUACCGAGUCGCUAUCUACCGGAAAAGGUCGCAAAGAUUUUCUAGACUUGAAACAAGAUGUUGACGAUUGGUUUGACACUGUUCGCCCCAAGUUUAAAGAGGGAAAGAAGAGAAAAUUAAGCCUAUAUACCAAAGGAAAUGUGGAGGACCUUUCCCACUCGUUACAUGCUUGGAGGAAAGCUUCUGAGGUUGCUAGAGAGUAUGGUCGCAAGCUGACGAUCCUGAAGUCAAAUGAACAAGACCUGACAGAGGAAAUGCACAGGAUGAAAAGUGAAAUAGGAGGGCUCAAAAUUAAGAAUAAAACGCUAGAUGACGAAAUUUCACUUUUGCGCGGAAAAUUGUUGGAGUCGGAACAGACAAUUCUCGAAAAUCAAACUCAGCAUGAGGACAUUACUGACGACCUGAGAGAGAGACUGAAAGAACUUCGAGAGGAGUUAAGCCAUGAAAAACGCAUUACUUUCGGGAAGGAAAUGGAGGUGGACGAACUAAAAGGAAAACUGUAUGAACUGCAAUCAGGAGACGACCUCAGCCAGAAAAAGAUUGAAAUGCUUCAGGAUCGUACAAAGCUUUUAGAAGAAGAUAUUGAAUCUCUAAGGGAGAGGUUGGUUGCAGGAGAAAAAAGAAAAGAAGAAGCAGAGUCACUUCUAUUUGAAUUACAAAAGGAAAUGCAGCUCCUUAGUGAUGCAAAUGACGAAGAAGAUGUAGGGGAGGAUAACACCAACGACUACAGACGCGUAAACAACUUGGUGCAGACGCUGAAGAAAAAAUUGGAAGAAAAUCAAGGAUACAUCGAAAAUUUAGAAAGCGAAAUCAAAGGGGAGAGGAAUCGUAACCACGAAAAUGCAGAUGAAAUUGAAAAGCUAUUGCAAAGAAUUGAAGUCGAAGAGAAAGGGAAGGAAGAGCAAGGAAAGUUAAUUGAUACAAUACGUAACUUACUGGACGAAAAUGAAAAACUGGCUGCAGAUCUUGAAUCUCAAAAUAAAGCUUUGAAUGAAGACAUUGCUGAAGAAAGAGCAAGGGUAAUGGAACUACGAGGUAGAGUCGGGGAGCUCCAGGAUGCUAUCAGUGACGAGAAGAAGGCCAACUUUGAUAUGGAGAUGGAAGUUUCUAAACUUAAACAUAAAGUAGAGGAAGAGGAAACAAAAAGUGAGCUUGGUCUUAAACGGAUAGAGCUUCUACAAGAGGAAAUCGCAACCUUACUGAAUACCAUUAAAGAAAAAGUGGAAAUAAUCGAAGAACUUCGCUCUCAACUAAGCGAUUAUGAAGAAGUUAAAGGAAAACUUAAAGCUCAAAAACAAAGAAACGAAAGCAACGAGCAAAGUAUUGUGGAACUCCAGAACAGAAUGGUUCAAAAUGAAGAUGCCUUACAACAAAAGGAGACCGAGAUAAGAGAUAUCAGAGCAGAACUAAAAGACACCAAAGAAAAACUAGAAAGCGUGGAGAAAGAAUUAGAGUGGAUUAAAGAAAACAAUAACUUGUUGUCAGGUAUUCUUCAAGAAAAAGACAGAACUUUGCUAGAAAAGGAGGAAAGGCUGAAGCAAGCUUUGAUUAAUCUUGACUCAGAACGCUCAGUCCAGAAUGAAUACUCAUUAAAAUGUGACAUGCUUGAAAAGAAGAUAUAUCUAACAGAAUCAGAGAACAGCGAAAUUACAAAAGUGGCUGAACUGGCAGAGAACGAAUUACAAAGAGAGAGAGAAAAAAGUGUCCACAAAGAAAAUGAAAUCUCGAAACUCACGGGAGAAAUUGAAGAGGAACGUAAGAAAAACAUGGAGAGUCAACGUGUUAUCCAAGAGCUCGAGGAACAGCUUUCUGAAGCUGAUGCUUUAAAUCAGUACAACCAAGGUAUUAAAUCAAGCUCCAUCGAGAACAUAAUGGAAGCAGAGAAGCAAAAUGAGCAGCUUCUCAACAUUAUAGAAGAACUGAAAGAAAAUGUCAACGAGAAGGAACUUGGCAUCGAAGAACUUGUCUCGAGCUAUGCUGUCGAGGAGCAGAGGCUCAAGGACGAUGUAGCACAGCUGAAAGGUCAGUUAGGGCUGUCCAAAAUGGAUAGUCAGACAAAAUCUGAGAUUAUAAGGUAUCUCAGGGAUGAAAUUGAACGAAUGCGCAAUGUUAUGAGGAUCAAAGCAUCUGUACUUGGGACUGGUGAAAAAGGGAUUGAAGAGGAGGACAGAGUGGCCAAGCAUGUUGGACAGCUUGAACAAGGGCUUGGCUUCAACCGUGACCGCUCUGAACGGCUUGAAGAUUUCGACUUCGAUGAAGAACUAGAAGAACGAGAAGCGGAAUUGCAAGAGCUUUUAGAGAUUCUAGAUGGCGAAAAGGAGAAAAAUAUCAUGUACGAGGAAAUGAUACAACAACUAGAGGAAAUGGUGAAGCUACAAGAUGAAAUUACAGCUGCGGAUGAAUCAGACGAUGUAAGAGCAGAGGAAGUGAAUCAGACUAGAAAAGAACUAGAUGCUAAGAAAGAAAAGUACAAGGGUCAGAAACGGAAAAACCUCCGAAGCGAACUUGCUAAAUUAGAAGAGAUUGUAGAAGAUCUUCGAGGAAGACUAAGAGCUGAGCAGAGACAUGUAAAAGACCGGGAUAACCUCAUCAAGACCUUAAAUCAAGCCAGCAAAAGAGAUAUCGCAAGAAACGAAGAGCUUUCGGCGCAGCUACAAGCCAUGAAAGAUAAGGUCAAACAGCAGCUUGAACAUUCUGAGGAGAUGGCAAAAAAGGUAGAAGACGGUCAAAAACUAAUCAGGGACUUAGAAAUGCAAGUAGAAAAGGAGAGACUGCGUGCUUCGACCAUUGAAGAAUUGCUGUCAUCUGAGAAAGGCCAAUCCAAGGAAAAGAAGGAAGCCACAAAGGAUCUCAAACGUAGAGUCGAGGAAUAUCAGAAAACCGUUAACGACAUUAAGGGAAAGGUAGAUAAGAUCAACCGGCAUUUACACUGCAUGUCUCCUGGCUCGCACGAGUCUCAUCGCAGGAGCUCCUCCGAUGUUUCAGUAAAAAGAAUCAACGAGCGACUCGCUUCUCAUAGCUCUUUUAUCAGAGAGCUCAAGGCUAGCAUGAGUGCCGUGGAGGAAACCAGCAAGAGUAUACGAGCCGAAUUGAGAACUCAGACGGACAGAACAAAGAAGCACGAGAGGAAUAUUGAUGAUCUAUUGGGAAAAUCUACAGAGUACGAUAACCUUGUAGAAGAUAUGAAACGAGAGCUUGGAGAAAUUAGGAAGAGAUACCAGGAGUUAAGUGGUGAACUUGGACCAGACGAAGAUGGUGAUCAAGCUGAUGGCAGGCCAGAAAGUCCUACUAAACUUGUUCGACUCAUGCCUGAGCAUGAGUUAAGCAAGCAGUUAUCACACUUCGAAGAGCUGUUAGAAACUAUAUUUUCAGAGGAAGCUCAAAGGAUCGAAGAAUUGCAAGCUAAGUUGGAUGAAGUAUUCAAGAAGAAUAUCGAGUUUUCAGUAAUUAUGAGCGAUAUAAGAGACAACUUAAAAGAGGAGAAGGUGAAACGAGGACCAUGGGAAGUCGAAAGAGAUGAGCUGAAAGCGGCAGUAGCAAAGAGCGAGGUAAAGAUUGAUCAUUUAGUUAUCAGUCUUCAACAAGAGGAGAUGGCCAAAGAAAGGCUUCUCGAUAAAAUUCAGCAACUAGAGGAGGAAGUUAAGGAGAAGGAGAAGACGAUUAUAACGGUUCAAGUGGAAAUUCGUGAAACUGAAGGAACAAUUCAGAGGCUAGAAAAAGAGCUGACAGAGGAGAAAGAGAAAAAUUUUGAUUUACAAGAGCGAGUUAUAAGGGAAAUGGCAGAUAAUCUUCAAGAAAGCAAGACAAAGCUGGACGAAAUUCGCGUGCACACUGAACAAGAGAUGCAAAAGACGGCUGAUAAAUCUGCCGCAGACAAAUCAGAAAAAGAAAUGCGAAUCAAAGAACUGGAAAAGGAAAUGUUAACGCAACGUGAUGUCUUAGACGAGCUGAAGUCUUUCCUAGAAAAGGAACAAAAUCAAGUCUUUGAAUUGAACGAGCGCCUAGAAAUCGAGCGAAACCACUCGGCAAUGAAAGAAAACAUGAUCGAAAACCUCACAGAAAAACUGAGAAGAGAGUCCGAGAGAAGUGAAGAGCUACGCAAGCUUAUCGAAGAGGCGGAAGAUAGAACGCUUAGAGUCAGUGAGGCUCUGACUCAAGAACAAGUCCGCGGGGUUGAACAAGAGGAGGCCAUGAAACAUUUGCGAGACCGAAUUAAUGAAGAACAGCAUAAGUUGAGCGAGUCGAAGGAAGCUUUAGAAGAAGAACUGCAGCUGACGAAACAGCUACGAGAAAAAUUGUCUUUUGAGCAGCUCUUGAAAUCAGAAUUUGAAAGAGAACUUGACAAAGUAAAAUCAAAACUUUCCGAGGAGCGGAAAGCUAAGGAAAAUCUUCAGGAACUGUUGUGUAGGGACAAGAGUCUGGUGUAUGAAAUGGAAAAUAAAUUGAGAGAGCAAUUAGACGACGCAAAAGAGAAAGAAAAAGUAAUAGAUGAAUUUAAAUCUGAUUUAGACACAGAACGAAAGUGUUACAAGAUUUUGUCGGAAAGAUUGCAAUGCGAGCAGAAUCGAAUAGUCGAGUUGGAGGCAAAGCUUAAAGAUGCAGAAUCAGUGAUAUGCUCGGAUAAAGAAAUGAUAGAUUUUUUGCGAGAAAAUAGCUUAAAAGGGAACGAAAAACACUUCGAGAUCCUGGAGAAGUUGGAGCGAGCAGAGAAAAUGAAGAGAGAGAAAGAAGAAGAGAUUAGUAGUCUAGUCACCGACCUAGCGACAGAGAGGAAACGGAUAGAGGGUUAUGUAGAAAAUUUAGGGAGCGAAAGGUUUUCAAAGGCCAAAAUGGAGGAGAGGAUUAAAGAACUAGAAGAAACAGCUGCGAAAGAUGAACUUCUCUUCCAGGAACUUCGAAACAAAAUUGAUGUUGAGGUGGUGAGGAAUCGCGAAAUUGCAGAAAGGCACGACCACGAAAAAAUGACAGCUCAGAUGUUUCAGGAUAAAGUGCGUGAAUUGGAGUCUCAAGUAGCACAAGACAGUGAGAUUUUCGAAGAGCUCAAGAAAACUAUCGAGAUGGAACGAGAGCAAAGUCGAAAGCUGGAUGAACUACUUCAUCAGGAGAGAAAUGAGACAGUUCGACGCGACAACGUUUUGACUGAGCUGGAGGGACAACUUUUUAAUGUGCGCAUAACUAAAGAGGAACUGCAGGGUCAGCUAGAAUCAGAAAAGCAGAAUAACAGUGAUUUACAUGACUUGCUAAGGACAAGUCGUGAGGAAGAGUUUAACAGAAAGGAAGUGGAAAGGAAACUCGCCGAGGAGAUGAAAUAUGAAGUAGAAGAGAAAAUCGCAAUCCAGGCAAAGAAAGCUGAAGAGCUUGAAUCGAUGCUUGAAGCAGAAAAAUUAAUCGUUAUGGAGAGAGACGCUUCAAGGCAAGAAUUGCAGAGAUCCGUCGAACAAAGAGAUUUCUGGCUGUCACAGCUGGCUGAUGAACUUACUAAAGAUAUGGAAGACAGCCAAAGCUCUACUGACGAGGAGAAGGAACCGCGUGUGCAAGAAUUAAAAUCGGAACCUUACGUGAGGGCUCAGGAAAGCGUAUUAAAUGCAGUCGAGAACAGUCCCUAUGACGAUCUUUUCGGAAAAAUAUUGGCAGGAAGAGAUACGAAAAGAAACGUCAAACUCAAAUCGAAGGACCGCAAGAGGCGACUUAAAGAGAAAGAAAUGCUGCUGGAAGACGCGAACAGGAAAUUUGAGGAUCAAAGAAAAUUAAACGAAGAAAGGGUCGUUGAACUGCGAGCUGCCGAAGAUAGAAUGAGGUUCUUCGAGAGCAAGAACGACACAAAUGAAAAAGAAUCCGAGAUGCUUCGAGAUGAGCUAGAAAACGAACGAAUCCGAAGCCGAUCUUUUGAAGUUUUACUAGCUGAGCAACAGAAACUAAAUCGGGAUCAAAAUGAGCAGGUGAAAUCACUGGAAGACAAGGUGAACGAGGGAUACGAGCGACUGCAUGUAACUACACAGCAAUGCGAAGAACGGUUGAGAGAGAAUCGAGCACGGCAAGAGGAAAUUAUCAAACUUCGAGACUUAUGUGAGGUACAAGUGGAUAAGAUUGAAGAGUUAGAUAAAGAGAUUAGGACCUUAAAGACACUUCACCAAGAAAAAGACGACUUUACUAAAGAGACCUUUGAUCAAGUGAAAGAUUUAAGAAAACAGCUGGAUGGAGAAGCGGGUAAUUUCUCCUUAAAAGAAGAACAAAGGAAUGUACAAGAGGUGCGAGGUGGUGACACCACCGACGCAAUUCCUCGUCAUGGUGAAGGAUAUAUCAAAGAGAGAAAUUCAAAAGAGGUUCUUAGCAGCUUAAGAGAAGAGGUGGACAAUGUAAAGGAAGUUAUUAACUACAAAUUAAACGAGUUAGCUUUUCUUCGCCAAAAAGUGGCUGAAAGAGGAGAAAUUACCGAUGAAAAUCUUUCUCUCAAGAAGACACGAGACAGAGCGGAAAAAGCAGAAAGCCAACUGAAGAAGCUUCAGUCGUCAUAUCAUCUUCUUCUAACAGACGUUGAAAUGAAAAAGUUUUUGGUGGAAGACGCUCAGACUGAGGCCAAAAACCUUAGAAGGGAGUUGAAUGAGAAUAACAGGUACAUUAAGGAGCUGAAGGACAAAGUGGCGUCUCCUCCUCCAGAGAAAACAAAGAUAGUAAAGGAUGACAAUGAAGUUCAGAAAUUAAGGUCAUUUUUGACGCAGAAAGAAAAGAUUAUCCAAGACAUGGACAAUGAAUAUAAAUCCAAACUGAUCAAGAAAGAAGCUGAGCUAAGGGAAUUGCAGGUGUCUCUUCAGAUAAUGAAGUCUAUCUAUCAAGGGUUGAAGGCAGAACGAGAGAGAGAGGACGCAGCUAAAAACGCAGAGAAAGCUCGAAAGGGCAAGGAAGACAUUAGUACGGCGAUUGAAAUGGUAAGCGACCUUCAGCAACAGAUUGAUUGUCUUCAAGAGGAAAUCAGUGGUCAUCAGCAGAUGGCCCAGACCCUGAAAGAAAAUGACAAAAGCGCAAAAUUGCCGCACGAAAAUGAUAAGAGUUAUCUUAAGAGGCGUAGCAGCCUGCGCGGCGUUUUGUCACUGCAAAUUGACGAGAAAGAGAAGAAGCUCAGACGACUCAAGAUGUUACUGAACUCCAUCGAAAACCGAUACGGAAAGGAACUGUUGGAAAUCAAAGAGAAUGUGGCAAGUUUCAAGAGCGAACUACCCUCAGAUUCAGUGGCGGAGUCUCAAGAAAUCAUUCCUCAAACUCGAGAAACCAGUCUUGAACAGUCAUUGCCUCUACCUGAUUUGGUGGGAACGACACAUGGAGCAGCUUUCACCGUAAACAAUGAAAGCAGCCCAGAGUCUGUCUCUGUGGAAGGAAAUAAACAGUUGUGUUUUGAAGCAGAUACUCUUCAUCACAGAAACCUGGAUGACACUCGAAGUUGUUCAACUUUUAGCAAGAAAAAAUUGUUUGCCUUAUUCCUUUUUGCUACCCUUGUUAGUGCUAUAGCAUUUGGAGCUACCUUAAAAGUAUCAAAUACCCUGAUGGCUGGUGUCUUGACUACUGUUUUGAUUCUGCUGUUUAUUUCUCGGUUCAAGAGGACAAUGCUUGGUAUCUCCGACGGAAGUUUAAAGAAUCAGCUUUCCACGAUGGAACAACAAAAGAGGGAGCUUCUUGAAAAAAUCGAGGAAAUGAAACUACUUCAGGAAGGAGACGUAAGCUUAAUUGCAGAGCUUAAGAGGCAACUUGAAGAAGAAAUUGCUGACAAAGAAGCGAAGCGGGUAGAAAGCGAAGAGAUCAUGGCGACCAAGGAGGAAAUGUCCAAUAAGCUGAGAAAAUUAGAAGCAGAAGAUUUUGAAUCCAGAAUGAAAAUGGAGAUCGAGAAAACAAAACUCUUCGAGGCCGAAAAAAUGAGAAGGGGAUAUGAUGAAUACAAAAUGUUGAAAGAGGAGAUUGAUCAUAUGAAACGACUCCGCGAAAAAGAAAUGGAUGAUAGACAAGCCAAAAUCGCAGAACUUGAAAAACUCGCAACCGCCGCUGAAGAGGCAAGAGAAUAUGGGAUUAAAAUUGUAAACCUGCCUGUCUCGGUUCUUCCUAUUUGCAUUGCAAUUUCUGUGUUACUAUGUCAGCUGGCCGGUUAUCAUUUCUUGGCGCCCUUUGUGAUAUUCUUUAUAUUGAUAACCGUUGCCGCUAAUGCGUGGUACUCCAAAAAGAAGGUAUCACAGAUGCUGCGAGAUGAAAGACAAAACUUUGCCGAGCAAAACGAAGAAAUGGAUGAGAUGACUGAGCUCUUGGAUAGACAGUUUGAAGUUGUGAAGUCCCAAAAGUCAGCAAUUGAUAUGCUCAUGAAAGAGAUAGAAAAAGAAAAGCAAGAGAGGAAGGAAAAGCGCACUACUCUGGCAAAGCUUAUUUGGCAGCUGCAAGAGAUGGAAGGAAUGCAAAACAUCAUUUCAAAACAAGCACCUAAAGCAAAAGAGGCCACAGAGCUUGAGGCUGCUGUAAGGUCCAAAGCCGAAGAGAAGGCUUUAGCGAGAGCAAAAUUCUAUAACACCAUGAUAAAAACGUUGAAAGAGAUCAAUGCUGACGAAGACGAGGACGACGAAAUGACGGAUGAUUUGUGCAGUGCCGCACAAGAGCUAGCCGAUUACGCCGAAGAUCAGCUAGAAGAGCAAAAGAAAAGAGAGCUAGAAAAAGAAAAGCCACAGCUCCCUAAAAGGAGGACACGAUUUCGAUGGAGGUCAAUAACGCUAUUUGCUGUCAACUGUGCAAUAUUAGCCGCUUCCAUCGCUCUUCAAUCGUACUUAGUUAUAGCACUGGUAGCCAUUCAAGCUGGAAUCUAUGCUCUGCAAUGGAAGGAGGGCUCAGUAGAUCAGCUCAAGGAGAAGCUCAGGCGAGAAUCUACUCGAAACCGAUCUUUACAACUGGAAGUAGAAAAGAUGAAGCAAUUGUUAGAGACAGAGAAGACCUAUAAGGUGUCUGACGAGUACGCUCUUGAGAUCAAAGAGAGAAAGAAGGCCAGAAACUCCCUUAAAACCACUGGAUAACAUUUUCGUAUCACUGCAACACUUUUUUGACGCAGGUGAUAACAAGGGUAAAAUAUCAAUCAGAGAUAAGGAGUAGCUGUAUGAUUUUACGGCAAAUUGUCAAAGCUAGAAUUAAAGGAGAUAUAUGGCAGUCAGUUCCGAGAAUUGGCAUUUAGAUCCGGAGAUUAAAAGGUUAUUGCCGAGACUUCUCAAAAUAUGCAAAUAUUUAAGAAAAUAGUAACCGAUGGUAUGGAAUUUAAAACCAGAAAUAAAAACAAAAAGAAGAAAAAGUGGGAAAAAGAGAACAAAACGAUGCGAAGAGCACAAAGGUUGCCAUGAAUACUAAACGAACAACCUCAACAAUACAUUGAUUUGUCAUAUUGCUGCCAAUCGACUGGCCGAGCGAUGGAAAAGGUUUCGUUGAUGUUCCUGGUGUUAUUGUCGCUCUAUGUAAGGAUAUUCCUUGUUUGAAGAAAUGUGAUUGUCUUCUCGGAGUCUAACGCUAUAAAUAGAUGUUAACUUUUCUAGGUACGUUACUGUUCAUAGUUUCCCCUUUUGAGCAACUUGAGCGACAUUGUAAAAUUUGUAUUUUAAAAGUGAAAUCGCAAAUUGACUUGAACCGGAAAUAAUUCUGUGUGAAUUGUCACAUGAAUUAGAUGUUAUCAGCAUUGUCGGUUUUUAUUUAUUUAUUUCAUUUUUAAUCGUUGGUUUGAUUUACAACUUUUAGCAGUACUUCUUGUAGCCAUUAUCGAAAAAAAAAAGGUUAAUUUCACUUUA